GAGUCCUCGGGCGCUCAGUUUGAACACAAGAUCUCCUUUUAACACCUUUCCAGCAAUAACAUAUUUCGAAUAUUGAUAUUAGGAAAAGCAUCAUAUCACUUCUUUCACUACUUCUUUUCCCUGAGAUAUCCGAUUUUCGUCGCGUAUCUCUUUCAUCUCACAUUCCAAUUUCUUUUCCAACUGCAUCUGACUACGAGCAGUUCAGCUCGUAGUUUCCACAGCUCUGGCGACCGUUAAGCAAUUCGUUCCAUCAGCUGGCACAUGCGUGCUAGCUGUUGUUCUAGUACAGCAGCUGAAGCCACCAUAGAGUGACCGCAACCGUUACUGACCGGUGGUGCUCAUAUUUUGCUAUUGUUAUUCGAGUCGCUUGUGGAUUUUAACUCACCCGGAUGGAGGCUGCUCACAGCUAUCUUGGCUAUCUUGACAGGAUUGUGUCCAGACAAGGAAAGACAAACAGUGGCAGCCACAUUCGAAGCGGGAAAUCUCUCUUUUAUUGUUUAGACUCAAGACCAAGAUCAUCCGGACGGCAACAUGCGCUUCCUUCUAAGACGCUUGAGCAAAUGGCCUGGAGGUCAGAAAGUCGAACCUGAAAACCGACAAAAUGUUAAUAGGACCACCCACGCCAAUUGGUGGCACAUGCCUCUCGCGAAAGACUCGACAUCUCCUUCGAUCCUGCGAGCAUUUGCCUCCAUUCCUCCAGAUUCUGCCCUUGGGUAUAUGCAAUCAUGCCGGCAAGGUCUCAGCCAAGCUGAAGCCGACGCACGCCUAAAAAUCGCUGGUCCCAAUGUUCUCAGUUCUAAAAAUCCUCCGCCGUGGUGGAAGUUACUACUUCUAAUUCUGCCCAAUCCGUUUACUAUUCUGCUGGUAUUUUUAGCAAUCAUCAGUGUCGCGACGCCUCAGCCGGACUGGAAAACUUUCGUUAUACUUAUGGUGAUGAUCUUGAUAUCCUCUGCUGUACGCUUCUGGCAAGAAUAUCGUAGUAGCAUCGCAGUCAUCAAGCUCCAGUCUUCGGUCAGCGCAGACACAAAGGUUCGGCGACAAUGCCCAACUUCGGGCAAAUUCUUGGAUGGCACGCAGACUUCAGAGUCCACAAUUCAUGUCAAAGAUAUUGUGCCGGGGGACAUUGUCAUCAUCCGGCCCGGUCUCACUGUGCCUGCCGACUGUUUAAUAUUGGAGGCGUCAUCCCUAUACAUCAGCCAGUCAACGUUGACUGGGGAAAAUGAGCCGUUGCGCAAGACUCCUAAUCUGCAGCCUGCGAAAUUUGAAAAGGAAGAUCCCAGGUUCUUCGAACUUGAGAAUGUCGCCUUCAUGGGGACGAGCGUCAUUUCUGGCAGUGGGCUAGGCUUGGUGUUGAGAACUGGUGAUGAUUCGUUCAUUGCGACAAUAAUGAAGCAACUGAACAAGAAGCGGCCUGUGAAUUCCUUCCAACGAGGGAUCCGGAACGUGACCUACAUGUUAAUUGGGUUCAUGCUCACGAUGGUGCCGAUUGUUUUGGGAAUUUCCGGAAAGACAACUGGAAACUGGGGAAAUGCGGCCUUAUUCAGCUUGAGUGUUGCAGUAGGGCUUGUCCCCGAAAUGCUUCCGGCCAUUGUGAACACAAACCUCGCGAAGGGAGCUUUCAGUCUUUCCAAGAAAAAGACCAUCGUUAAGCGUCUCGACUCAAUCCAGAACCUGGGAGGAAUGUCAAUUCUGUGUAGCGAUAAGACUGGGACACUGACAAAGGACGAAAUCACGCUUUCUGACUAUCUCGAUUGCUCAGGUGUGAGGAACCGGGGAGUAUUCCAAUUAGCCUUUAUCAACGCCAAGUGUCAAGAAAUUCAAGGGACAAGCAUUGACUCUGCCAUUAUCAACUUCCAAUCGCGAGAGCCAAUGCAGAUACCGCCUUACGAGGCGGUUUCCGAGAUUGCUUUCACCUUUGAAAGACGGCGAUCAAGCUGCAUUAUUCGAGGACCAACCAAGAAACUCAAAUUGGUCUGUAAAGGAGCAUACGAGGAAGUGCUAGCUCUUUGUACGUCUGUUCGUGAUGGGGCUAAGACUUUGAGCUUAUGUGCAGAAUGGCACAAAAAGCUUGCCGCCCAGGCUGAACGCCUCAGCUCUGAUGGGUUUAGAGUGAUUCUGGUGGCCACUAGGGAAGUUAAAGAUUCCGAGAUGGGCAACGAAGAUUUCAUUGAAGAUGACCUAGAAUCCAGCCUAACUUUGGAAGGUUUCCUGACAUUCCUCGACCCACCAAAAGAAGAUGCCGCAGCUUCAAUUCAACGGCUGCAAAGAUUGGGAGUAGAUGUCAGGAUUCUCACUGGUGACAACAUGCCAAUCGCUCUGAGGCUCUGCCAAUUGCUAAACCUCGUCAGUUACGUCAGCGAAGGAGACGCUCAGGCCAUAACGGGACCGGAAUUGGCGAGGUUAGAAGGAACAGACCAAUUCCACGAUGUGAUCAGAACAUGCAAAGUAUUCGCGAAGCUAAGUCCGGCUCAAAAGGGGCAAGUCAUUUUGAGCUUAAAGGCGAAUGGAGAUUGCGUCGGAAUGCUCGGUGACGGGAUUAAUGACUGUGUUGCAUUGAGAUUCGCGGACGUUGGAAUUUCUGUUGAUUCAGGAGCAGGGGUUGCGAAAGACUGCGCCGACGUAAUCCUCACCGAAAAGGGCCUCAACAUAAUCGUGGAUGCUGUGACCAUGGGUAGAGUGACCUACGGGAACACAAUCAAGUAUAUCAAGAUGGUUGCCUCGUCCAACUUCGGCAAUGUCUUCAGUAUCCUCAUUGCCAGCGCAUGGCUUCCAUUUGAACCGAUGACGAGCUUGCAGCUUCUUAUCCAAAAUUUGCUCUAUGAUAUCAGUCAGAUCGCAAUUCCCUGGGAUCGAAUGGACGAAGAGUACUUGCAAGAGCCCAAAAAAUGGGACGCCAUUGACUUGCUCCGAUUCAUCAUCGUCCUUGGGCCAACGAGCUCCACCAUCGACGUGUUGACGUUCUGCCUUGGGUGGUUCUACUACAACAUUCGCACCGCCGACGAUCCGGAGGCUGUAAAGCUAUUCCGCACUCACUGGUUCCUGCAAGGUCUUCUCACGCAAACCAUAAUUGUCCAUCUUUUGCGAACUGCUAAAAUUCCUAUCAUUCAAAGCCGCGCGGCUCGGGCCAUGGUGGCAUCCACGACUAUAAUCAUGGCGGUUGGUUUUGUUCUCCCGUAUAUUCCGCUAUUCCAGGCCGCCCUUCGGUUUGUCAACCCGGCAGCAACUUUUGUAGGAUUCCUCGCCGCGGAGCUACUGUUGUACUGCCUUGAGGUACAACUAGUGAAAGUGAUAUAUAAACGGAUUUUCAAAACAUGGCUAUAAUCGAUUCGCUGCAAGGGGGCCCGCCAAUGUGCCAAAAGCGAGCUUGGAGACAAGAAGGCAGUUAUUUCAACAAUAAUUUGCCACUUCGCGAUAGUAGUGACAAAGAAAGAGGAAACAUGGGGAGGUUCAACACAUGUGAGGUUUCCGAACCGUGUUCUGAGUUUGUCUUGCUAUGCUGUUAUGGAAUGAGUUUGUUUUAGCUUGUGGACGUGCUGAUCCAGCUUCAAAGUUGAAAGGGAUGUAAUAAUUUGUUCAUUAAUUUGCGAAGUUUGCCUUUUCAUAGCUAAACAAAUUCGAUAAUCAAAAUAGGAAGGAUUUGGCACACAUUUCCCACGAGAAAAAUGGGCCACAGAGAUCGGCUCACCUCAGCAGUACCUUAUCCAGGCCUAUAUUUAGAGUUGCACAGA